GAUCCCACUUGUUGAAGGCAGUGUUAACUCUUGCUGCCAGUCUGUUCUGUGGAGUUUUCUAAGAAGUCCAGAAAGAGUUCACUUGUCAUCUUGGAGCUUGUUCCACCCCUUCUUAUGGUCUUAUUGUUCUCCUGAAUUUAAUUAAAGAUUCUUUUGCGUCCACAAAUAUGCAUAAAUCUUAGAAGAGGAGUUGUCUCCUGUGUUUAACUAGCUCCUAAACAGCUUCUUUCCCCCAAGGAAGCAAGUCUCUUCUAUUUCCCUGUGAAAAUUGAACUCAUUGACAUGUUUCCAUAUGAAAUAUGUCUUAUAGCAGACCUUAUAUUCUCUAGUGGUAGUGUAAUUAUUAAAUAUGCAUGAUACAAGUAUCUAAAUAGGGUGAAAUUCAUCCAAUUCACUUUCUGAUUCCUGAGACAGGUAUGAUAACAUUACUUCUCUGAAGUGACAGCAUUUAAAGUGAAUGAAGCCCAACGUAUUUCUCCUAGGGAUACUCUAACAUGGGGUCCUUGUACAGAAUUAUUUAGAGUCAUAUUGAUUUUAAUUGCUACACAGUGUAAAGUUGUGUUUUCAAACUGCUUCUGAAAAAGAAUAAAAAGGGAACACUCAAUCUUGGCCCUCAUGAGAUCAAUGAACAACCUGACUGACUUUAGCUGGCCUUGAAAAUGGCCUCUGAUGCAUUAGGACUCAAGGAUCACAUCAUGAAAUGAGAAUUGAUGUACAGUGAAGGAAAGGUUAAAGGCAGAUCUUCCCAUAACCUUUCCUGUAGCCUUUACAAUGAUUUUAUACAGCCAAGAAAAUGAAAAAAGUAUAGGCUAAAUGCCAUUGUAUCUAAGAAGGCUGCAUUAAUUUGAAUGAGUAUUGUAACAUUUUAUUGUAAAUACAAGUAAAUCUUUAGUACAGAAAUAGUGAACAGUGCCCCUCUCCAUUCCCCAGGUCAUACCUAUGCUAAGAGAGAUUUAAUUGUCAGUGAUGCUGUUAAUUCUAUGAGUCUGCAGAUAUUCCAGUAAAAGUGUGUGAUAUCAACAUCACAUGCCAGCCCUGAAAGGAGGAACUCUUGUGCUCAGCUUUAAAAGACAAGGGAGGAGUAUGUGCUCAUAAGCAGUUCAUUGUUCUGAAAAAAGGAGGAAUUUUGGAAGACUUCAAAAUGGACAUAUUAUUUAUCUGUUUGGUUUAACAGUAUAAUUGUGAAAGACAGAUUUCCACUUUAGAGACCACGUCACUUUCCUUCCUGUGAGAAUAACAUGAACCAGAAGGUGUUAGUUUUCCUUCUUCCAAAUUUUGUAUUUGGGAUAUUUCUUUUUGGGCUUUUCUGUAGGAGACAAAAAAACCUAACAGAUGCUUUUCCCAAUCCUACUGAAAAUUGGCUGGCAAUUCAAAACGGUCGGAAAAACACACUGGCUUCUGUCUGCCUGAAGAAUAACCUUAAUAAACCAAGAAACAAAUUGGAUUCUCAUGUUGCAAACCAGCUCUUUGUGGAGCACAAGCAUAAAUUUAUCUACUGUGAGGUGCCUAAGGUAGGCUGCUCCAACUGGAAGAGAACUAUUUUUCUUCUUCAAUCAGACUUGAAUGCAGAAGCUUCUGAAAUUGAGCAUGACAACAUCCACCAUACCCCACUAAUCAAAAGGCUGGUGUCUUACCCUCCUGCCUUACAAAAGGAAUUCCUAAGCAAUUACACUAAAGUGAUGUUCACCAGACAUCCCUUGGAACGGCUGGUUUCAGCUUACAGAGACAAACUCCUGCACUCUGAGCCAUUCUACAGUACCACUAUUGCUAAUGAGAUUAGGGCAAUGUUCAGGAAAAAUAAAAAUUCUCCUGAAAAAGUUAGUUUCCAGGAGUUUGUCAACUUCAUUCUAGCAAAACCACCACAUACUCUUGACAUUCACUGGAAACCAAUGUUUCUGCUUUGCGAUCCUUGCAACAUUCACUAUGAUAUUGUGGGUAAGUAUGAAACUCUUGGGUUGGACUCUGAGCAUGUUCUGAAGGUCAUUGGUGCACCAGAGAGCCUGCAAUACCCCAGCUUGAAAAGAUACGGCUCAGAGAAACGAACUGAUGGUGAUAUCACCUUAGAGUACCUCAGACAACUGACCUCAGAACAAAUUGAGAAGAUUAAAAAAUUGUAUGAAAUGGAUUUCUUUUUGUUCAACUAUACUAUGAAAUAUGAGGAUUAUUUUUCCCUGAAUGACUAAUGUGGGUUAAACAAAGAACAGUUUCCUUUGUACAAAAUGGACGGAACUUGUCCUCCCAGGUGCUUGGUAACUGGGCUGGUGACUGCUGCUGAGGUUAUCCUGGAAUUUGUAGAUACAGUUUAUCAUUCUAAGGACCCUUAUAAAAAAUCCCUGUCAUGAUCUCUUGUACCAUGCAGACCUUUACCUAUUAAAGUUAUUGUCUUCCUAUUGAUCUUUAACAGCAUAUGUUUGUUUCAUUAAAACUGUUCAUAAAGGAUAGAUUUUGGUCCAUUGGUAAGAAACAUGGGAAGGAUGAAGAAUGUUGUAUUUCACAAUGAAUAUUUUAGAACACCAUUUUCAUUUUUUUAAAUUAGAAAGUUAUAUAAGACGCAAUAAAUAAUCUCCUUGCGAGUUAAACCACUCUGUCUGCAAGAGCCUUGAUCAUAAAUGCUGUAGGAAAGGAACAAAUAACUUCAGAUGCUUGAAGUUGCAUUACAGAGAACCUAAUGCCAGGAUAUCUUCCUGUCUAGCAGUGCUCUGGUCACAGCCCAUCAGCCUCAUCCCCCAAGCAGCACAGUUGUCAGCAUUAUAGCUCUUAAAAAUCUUCUGAUGAGCAGAUCUGGCAUUCAUGGUGACCUUACAAAUGCUUUUCGCCAGUUUUGUAAGCAUUUUAGCAGAAAGUCUGAAAAAUGCAUUGCGUUUUUUUAGAGAAGUAGUUAGAGGCACCUUCUAAACUGUUCAGCUGGGUGGUGCAUGAUCUAAAAUCUCAGUGGAAAGGUGAUUCUUAUUUAUUCUCCAAAAGCACUUAACAGCCAGUCAAUGGACAGGCCAGACAGUGCAGUGGGGGCAAUGUUUGGGCUUUCCCAUUUGUGCUGCUGGAAUCCAUGAGCCCCUGGGACUUUACUGAGCAUAGCACUUAGGAGGAGCUGGGUAACCUUAGAUAAUACAUUUGUUCUACUUGUUGCUUUCUCAUAUUACAGGAGAAUGAGUGCAAAUACAUUGUGAAGUUAUGGUGAGGGGAACAAGGAAACAUGUGGAAGAAGGAACUCAAACCAGUACCCCAUUCUUAUAUUCCUAAGUGGCUUUGGUUUUAGAUCACUGAGGGGUCUAUAACUGCUAUUAUAUUAAGCAUGAGAUUUGUCCCCCUUUAAAAAAAAUUCUGUUGUCUAGUAAAAUUCAAAUAUUAAUUUGUGACCAUAUUAAUUGUAACAAGUUUUAGCAACUAAUUGUGACUAUUGGCACUACCUCUAGGGGAUGUCUGUCUCUCAGCAGCUAACUUGAAAAUCUCUCAAAUGCACCUAAUUCCUCUCAGCUAAAUCUGCAAAUGCAGCAUAAUGGCUGUCAGACUAGUCUUGGACCCAAAAUUGGCUCCCAGCUUCUCAUCACACAGAAAAGGACAGAUACAAAAUAAGUUAAUCACAGAGUACUCACCAAUCUGUACAGCCUUUGCUGCCAGCAGCAUGGGCAAGGGAGAGGGAAAAGGAGACUCUGAAAAAUUCACACAAUGGGGUUUAAGUUAUGAGGGUUUGGUGGAGCUCUUGCAGUGCAGGAAGUGGGUUGCAGGAAUUAACUGCUCCAGUGGGAAGGUGCAGUGAUAUAUGACAUCAGCUGGAGACAGUGAUCAGACCACAGUGACAGAAGGCCCAGAAAGAAAUGUUUUCUAUCCCCCUUGAUAGCAGAUUGUACACAAGGCAGGACUAGCUUUCAGUGCAUCUGGCAGGUCUUGCUGGGUGACUAUUUCAUAAAUGGGGCAGCUUUGGCACAAAGAAAGAUUCCAAGUGAGAAGAUCAAGCAAGAACAGCAAAACAAUUUGGGAGGGGAGGGGAGGAAAGGGUUAUGAUUUUAUGCAGAAUGAUUUGUAUUUCUGGAUCUUUCCCUCACCACCACCAUAUUUGAUGUUUCCAUAACCUUAAUAUCCCCCAAUACUGGACUGUUCACGCCGCCCUGGCAACUCUGUAGUUCAUGUAGGUUUUUCUUUUUCUUUACUUGCUAGUUUUCUUUAGUCAGAGGAAGCAGGAAAUUGCUCCCAUCAAAGUUAAGGCUAUGCAGAAGUAUGCAGUCUCUUCUUUUCUCUCUUUCCUGAAUCAGAGCUACAUGUUUCUCCUACAUUCUUUGACAGAUCAUGCAGAGAUAGAGGGGAAUAAGAUUUGCUUCAUAACACACUUCUACAUGAGAGAUCCCUCCAGAGCUAUAUCUGAAGCUGUAAGGAUAUCUAAAAAUACAUGAGUACUCUGGCACCCUCAUCCAGCCUAGGAUGAAGAAAUUAUACUGACAGAGUUUUAUACACGUCUUUGCUGGUGUCAGUGUUAACACCCCCCCCCUCCAGUUUCUUGCUGUUAGAUGUGAGUGGCUUUAUAUUCUUAUUUCCUCUUUCACAGGUUCACAUAUUGUUCCUACAGUGGUUGCAGAAAAAUGAUGGCUAAUUCAUUCAUCACAAGCCUUAGUCAGUAGCAGAAGGCUAUCUAUUAAAGCAGAAAAAUAUCUCUAAUCACAGCAGACUUUGAGUUUUGCUCUUUGCCUAUAGGGAACUGUAAGUUCCCUAUACACAUUGCCUCAGAUCACUGGCUGCUAUAAUGCUGUUUUGCUCAUGUGGGUCUGAAAAAAAAGCUGCAGAGGACAUAUGUGUGCAUGUGUGUCCCAUAUAACAGCAGGUGUGCUGUCUUUUGUACAAGUGCACUGUCCAGGACAAGGCUCUAAGCUGAGCUGGGCUCCCUCCUGACAUUUGCCCAGAGAAUAACCAUCAGUGGAGCUUCUUUCCUUUGGAUGCUAACUCUUGGUUAUGUGUUCCUGGGAGGAAAAUGGAUUCUUGCAGUUGGGAGCAAGGGUGGAGACAGUGCGGUGAGGCUCAGGCCCUGGGGAGGAUUUGAAUGGGGAGGGAGUGCCAUAAUUCAUCUUCUGAUUUAUUGUUAUAUGCCUGCAAUAUAAUCAUUGCAAUGUUAAUUUCUGAUUUCCUUAAUAAACUGUAGAGAAUUAACACA